AUGGCUUUUGGUGCGCAGCUUGAGGUGAUUCUCCAAACCAACCACGCGUGGGCGGCGCUGUAUUACUCCGUCCUCAGUCUAGGAAGUCUUUUGCAUGAGGGAGCAUCAUUCGAACCUAUGGACGGACCGGCUUGGAAGAUCUUUGGCUUUGCCCUAAGAUUAUUCCCCACCAUCCUCUUUGCCAAAAAGUCUCUUCUGGUGGCUCAGGCAUUGUUCGCGUUGAAUCACUCGAGUUGGCCCGUCGAAGAGCUCUUGAUCACGGAGGCUGCCCGUAUCGCUCUCGCGCUCCAGUUGAACAAGCUUUCACAUAAUUCUCAGAAUACUCCCGAGCGAGAACGGACAUUCUGGGCCAUUUACUGUCUUGAAAAGGAAUACUGCUUCCACUCUACGCAGUCCUCGGUCUUUAAUGAUGCUGAUAUUAGUUGUCCCCCUCCAGAACCCAUUCUGGAUGGCACAGAUGAUGUAGACUGGCAGCAAAUUCAGGUUGGCUUCUGCAAAAUCCUGUCCUACUCCUACAAUCAACUGUUCGCAUGCGGCAUGCCUUCGCGGAACGAAGACUUCUAUUAUACCGAGAUUGACCAGAUCCGACGUCGACUUCAGCGCUGGCUGGCCACUGUGCCGGAAAAGUUUCGACCGGGGACCGUAAUUCGGUCAAGGAACUUUACCAAGCCACAUCACAACUACGCCCUCCUCCAGGUACAUUUCCUCUACUAUACUCUCCAAAUUGCGUUAUCGAGGCUUCUGGUCCACGUUUACGCCGAUCGCCGUUGCGCUCCUGUGGCUGAGAGCAAAUUGACCUUGAUGAAUUCUGCACGAGCCAUCAUUGAGACUCUCCAAUUCGUUCCGCCAGAGGCUUCGCUGCCAAUGAACGUUAUUGGCCUGGCACCUAUUGUGGCUAAUUUCAUCCUCUUUGACCUCGUCGUCUACAACCCCGAGCAUUCUGAGACUAAACUGAACCUGAUGUACCUCGAGAUUGUGACUGGGUUUCUUCGCCGCGUCAAUCUCAAUUCCAGUAACCCAAUGCCAAGUGCUUCCUUCGCGGAACUCGGAGUCAUCGCUCGCGACUUUGCGACGCAGAAGGCCGACCGAGGUGAAAGACGUCAGGACGCUCGGGGCAAUCGAGCUGUUCAUUUCACAGGAGCACCGGCGGCCCACUAUGAACACAAUGUAGAUUCCUCCGAAGCCGUGGGUCAGGGACGACCUCGUAAUGGCAUGGCGACUCCGGACUCGGUCGUAACUCAGCCUGCGGAUGUUGCAGAUCGCGGUCAAAUGGACUUAUGGGAUGGCCUGGAAGAGACACUACGCUACCCAGUCAUGGACCAUAUCACAGACUUGGAUGGUUUUGGCGAUGACUUUGUCAUUCGCGAGCUUUUCAGCCAACACUCAACUUUCGAUUUCAGCCUUUUAGGCCAAUGA